AUGCAGAGCGCAUCUCUCUCUCUGUUUGACGAAGUGACGAAGACCACGUGGCUAAGGCAGAAGAGAAGCUUCUCUCUGCCGUUGGGAGCCGUGCCGCACGUUGCGAAGGAGUGGGGCUUCGAGGCCGACGACAGCGAGUACGUCUGGAGGCUGCGGCGCGGCGAGAACGGCGCGAAGCUGCGGGUGCGUCUCUUACAUAGCGGCCUGGUGAAGUACUACGAGGGCGAGAAAGGAGCGGAGCGGAAGGUGCGCUCAGUGUUUGCCAACGGCGCCGUGGCGCACUUCGAGGGCGAGCGAGGCGCGGAGCGGAAAGUGCGCAAAGAGUUUCCCAGCGGCCAGGUGCAGUACUACGAGGGCGGGCAGGGUGCGGAGCGGUUGGUGCGCUCGGAGUUAGCCGACGGCACUGCGCACCACUUUGAGGGUGACAAAGGUGCGGAGCGGUUGGAGUCGCCCGAAGGCACUGCGUACUACGAGGGCGAGCGAGGUGCGGACCGGCUGGUGCGCGCGGUGCGUGCCGAUGGCGCCGUGGAGCACUUCGAGGGCGAGCGAGGUGCGGAGCGGGUGGUGCGCGAGGAGUUUCCCAGCGGCAUCGUGCAGUACUACGAGGGCGAGAAAGGUGCGGAGCGGCUUGUGCGCGCGGUGUGUGCCGGCACCUUGCUGCACUUCGAGGGCGAGCAAGGUGCGGAGCGGAAGGUGCGCGCGGAGUUUGCCGACGGCUCCGUGGAGCACUACGAGGGCGAGAAAGACGCGGAGCGGCUUCUGUAG